AUGAGCCUUAGCGCCCUUGCCGGCCUGGCAUUCAUCGUCUUCACCGUAAUCCGCUUCAUUGCCGCUGGCCUGACAAACCCACGGCGUCACAUCCCAGGACCAUGGUGGGCCAAAUUUAGCUCGGUGCCCAUGAACUACCAUCGAUGGAAGGCAGACAAGUUCAAAUGGGCGCACCCGCUGCACCAACGCUAUGGAUCAGUCAUUCUCAUCGCGCCCAAUGAGAUCUCCGUGGGCAGCCUGGAAGGCCUGCAGACCGUCCACAAGAUGGGUACGGGAUUCUUCAAGGGGGCCUUCCAUGUCAACUUCCGUAUCGGGCCCGAACCAUCGCUCUUCGACAUGACCGACGCUAAGGCCCACGCCGAGCGAAGAAGGCUGUUCAGCCGGGCGUUCACGACGCAGUCACUCCGCCAGAACUGGCAGCCUGAGGUGCGGAGGCUUGUCGAGAAAGGAGUGAGGAAGAUCAAGGAAGAUACUACCAAUAACGGAACUGCUGACGUGGCGAAGUGGUGGAAGUACAUGGCGAGCGAUGUCGUCUCGAGGCUGAGCUUCGGGGAAGCGUUCAACAUGCUGGACGGCUUGGACAAGGCGGAUAUGAGGUUCUGGGCAGCCCUGCGGACUCUGGGUCAGACCAUCCUGCUGCGCCAGUACGUCUCGCCAGAGACCAUCGACAUGCUCGCGAGGGUGCUUCCCAUAGCCUGGUUGAAGCGCGUGGCGGCUGCCAAACAGGCGAUAUAUGACCAGGGAAGCAUAGCCGUCGAGAACAUGAGAAAGAAGGACAGCGACCGACGGAACAUCUUCUACAAAAUCGUUGAAGAGGCGGACCACAAGGAGGCUUCCGGGCUGACGGACGAUGCUGUGCGGUCUGAAGCAGCGACCUUCAUGAUCGGAGGUGCGGAAACGACGAGCGCGACGUUGACGUACCUCACGUGGGCGAUAGUCAGACGACCCGAUCUGCAGAGGAGGAUCGAGGAAGAGGUCGCCAGCCUGAAGCCGGACUUCACCGAUGAAGACGUGGAAGGUCUACCACUAUUGAACCGCGUCAUCAACGAGAACUUGAGGCUUUACAACCCCACCGCAGGAGCGAACGCGCGAACUUGUCCCCCAGGAGGAGCAACGAUCGAUGGUGUUUACAUCCCCGGAGGAUCUGUCGUGUGUACCUUGGGCUAUGCGGUCCACCGCAUCCCGGAGAUCUUCCCUAACGCUGACGAAUUCGACGAGACCCGCUUCGAAAACCCCUCCGCCGAAGUCAAAGCCGCUUUCUCGACCUUUAUGAUUGGUUCUCGCGGGUGCAUUGGUCGUCAUCUCGCGAUGAUGGAGCUGCGACUAGCUGGUGCGCUGCUCUUCAGGGAGUGCAGAGGCUUGAAGCUGGCGCCGAGCUGCACAGACGAUUCGAUGCAGCAGGUCCAGUGGGUAUUCACCGGACCGAAAGGAGGAAAAUGCGAGAUGACCUUGUAA